AGUCAUGAUCUUUUUAAAACACAUGCUGAAAAUUGUUUUUUUUUAAAAAUCAAACAUAUAAUUGUACUAAUUUAGACCUCCAAACCCUUAAAUCAACCCAUUUUCUACCUCAUAAAAGAGAUCCAUGAUAAGUGAGCUCUGCUUCAUCUCUUUCUAGUUCUUGUGUUCUUGUUGUGUUUUGUCCGAUGAGAGAGAACACACAAGUGGCUCAAUUCACAGAAGAUCAUCACCAGAGACAUCAAACCCCAAUAACUUGUUUAAGCUCUAAACUAGCAAAGAUAUGGACAUUGUUCACCACCAAAAUCUUCAUCUUCGUCCUCUUCAUCAUCCUCCUUAGUGCUUCUGUCUCUUGGAUGUAUGCGUUUGUUUUAGGUGAGAAUAAAUUCCAAGUGACAUCAAUAUUCACAAGAAACACCAAAAAAAGCACUCCCACAAAAACAACAACAACUACAGAUAUCCCCAAGAUCGCCAUCAAGAUCCCAUUAAACUGCACAUCACUCAACAGCAACACAACACAAACAUGUCCUUCAAAUUACCCAACCAAGUUCGAACCAGCGAUCUCUUCCUCGGAGACAUGUCCUGACUACUUCAAGUGGAUCCACCGAGACUUAAAGGUAUGGCAAAAGACAGGGAUCACAAGGGAAACACUAGAGAGAGCAAGACCAAAUGCUCACUUCAGGAUAGUGAUAAAGUCAGGGAGAUUGUACGUUCAUCAAUACGAGAAAGCAUUUCAGACAAGAGAUGUGUUCACAAUCUGGGGAAUACUUCAGCUUCUAAGGAUGUAUCCUGGUCAAAUCCCUGACCUUGAGCUUCUCUUCCUCUGCCAUGAUAGACCCGCCAUUUGGAAAAGAGACUUGAAGAAAAAACGAAAGGAUACGUGGCCUCCUCCGCCGUUGUUUCACUACUGUGGUCACCGUGAUGCAUACGACAUAGUUUUCCCUGAUUGGAGCUUCUGGGGAUGGCCUGAGCUGAAUAUAAAGGAGUGGAAUAAAUUAUCUGUGGCACUAAAAGAAGGGAACAAAAAGGUGAAAUGGGAAGAUAGAGUUCCGUACGCUUAUUGGAAAGGAAACCCUCAUGUUUCUCCUAUAAGAGGAGAUCUUAUGAGAUGUAACUUCUCCGACAAGUAUGAUCCUAUGGUUCGUCUCUAUGUCCAGGAUUGGAGGAGUGAGAUAGAGGCAGGGUUCAGAGGAUCGAACCUAGAAGAUCAAUGUACUCAUAGGUAUAUGUGCAGGAUACAUUCACUAGAUCACGUAUAUCUUAUUAAUAUUAGGUUUGUUUUUAAUAUAUUAGUAAACAUUUUGGAUUUGAACUUGGACAUUUAGAUAUAAGAUCUACAUAGAAGGAAACGCAUGGUCGGUGAGCGAAAAGUAUAUACUUUCGUGUGAUAGUAUGACUCUGUUGGUUAAACCAGAGUACUACGACUUUUUCUUCCGAAGUAUGGUCCCAAUGAAGCAUUUUUGGCCUAUUAGACAAAACAACAAAUGUGGUGACCUCAAAUUUGCAGUCGAAUGGGGCAACAACAACACCGAAAAGGCACAAAUCAUAGGGAGACAAGGAAGUGAGUACAUGAUGAAGAACCUAAAGAUGAAGUAUGUGUAUGAUUACAUGUUGUAUGUGUUACAAGGCUAUGGGAAAUUGAUGAAGUUGGAUGUGACAGUGCCUGAAAAUGCCACGGAGGUUUGUUCAGAGACGAUGGCUUGUUCGAUUACUGAUGGUGGACGGAUCAGGCAGUGCAUGGACGACUCGUUGGUUAUGUCUCCGAGUGUCAAGGCGGCUUGUGAUUUGCCACCUUCUUAUGGAGACUAUGAGCUCAAGAAGUUUCGUAAGAAACAAGAAAGUGCGGAGAGAAAGGUUGAGCAGUGGACCAAUAAGUAUUGGAACUUGAGAGAUCCAAAAUAAGAUAAUUUCGUCCAUGGUGAAAGUGUAAUUGUAAGUAGGAGUCUGGUUUAAUUUGUAUGAAAAUAAAUAGAAUCCAAUUUUGCCAGUCUGGUUAAUUUUUGUAUUUGAAUUGACUAAUAGAGACCCUAUAAUUAAUGCAUGUCAUAUUUUUUCUCAUACAAUCUAAUUUGAUUUAUAAUC